ACUUUAAAGGUGUUUGCGAUCCGCCAUGAUGGAAAAGAAGAAGAACUGUUGGAUGUGUGGAUGGGAGAGCAGGAAGAACACGCUGCACACCAGGCUGCCUGAAUUUCCAGUGUGGGAAUGAUUUUAACAAACUGUAGAUAACGCUUUAAGAUUCAAAAUGACAGAUUACAUCGAGGAACAACGGAAUGAACUGGAAGCCAUAGAAUCAAUCUAUCCUGACUCCUUUACAGUGCUGUCAGAGGAGCCCACCAGUUUCACCAUCACCGUUACGUCAGACGCAGGAGAAAAUGGGGAAACUGUAGAAGCAACUCUAAAGUUUACCUAUGUAGCAAAAUACCCAGAUGAGCCUCCGAUGUGGGAGAUCUACUCUCAAGAAAACCUGGAAGAAGGAGAUAUGGAGGAGAUUCUCACCCUGUUGAAGCAACAGGCUGAAGAGAACCUGGGGAUGGUGAUGAUUUUCACCCUGGUGACAGCUGUUCAGGAGAAAUUAAACGAAAUAGUGGAUGCAAUGAAAAACAGACAAGAAGAGGAAAAACUUCGCAAAGAAAAGGAGGCAGAAGAAGCAGAGAAGGUGGCGUUUCAGGGCACAGUGGUGACAAUUGAAAAUUUUUUAGCAUGGAAAGCCAAGUUUGAUCUUGAGAUGGCAGAGUUCAGACGGAAAAAACAAAAGGAGGAGGAGCAAGCUGGAAAACUUAAACUAACAGGUAAACAGCUGUUUGAGACAGAUCAUAACCUGGACACAUCAGACAUUCAGUUCCUAGAAGAUGGUGGAAACAACGUUGAAGUGGACGAGUCGUUGUUCCAGGACAUUGAGGACUUGGAUUUGGAUGAAGACGAUCCAGACUUUGAUCACUUGGAGACGGACAGCGAUGAGGACUGAAGUUGCAGAAAAGCUACAGACUGUUAAAAGCCCUCAGCAGAACACAGUUGUACUCAUACCUGAUUAAACUAUUGAAGACUUGGAGAAAAUAGGGACAUUUUUUCAUUGUUACAGCAGAAGACAUAAAC